AUGCCCAGCAACGAGAUGGACCUGCGCGGUUGGAUAGCAAAAUGGGGGCAAGCUAGUAGGACUAGCAAUAUUGAACACGAUAUUGAACAGACUCUUGAACGGGACAAGAGAAGGGAGCAAUAUAUUGCAUACCUCCUCGCUUCAAAACAAAUCGAAGCUCCUCAACAACUCGAAGCAUCCAAACGAGAUGAUAUCCUACAACUCAGAUCUCUAUUGCCACUGCAUCCCAACCCAGCUCAACACUUCGAACGUCUUUCGGUAGUCCUCAUGUUCCGCACUCCUUUCUCCAAUCUAACACGCAGACAACAAAAUGACUACGGCUGGGGGUUGGAAAGUGUGCCUCUGCUUGAGAUGUUCGGAAGAGAAUUCCUGAAGAAAAGCUGUGAUCUGUAUGCAGUUGACCUUGGUCGGUUACAGUUGAUUGUCAAUGAAUUGUGGUUGCAAAACGUGUUUUCGCCAUCAUUGAGCUUGAUGAGUGGGCUUCGGAAAUUCACAGACACGGAUCUGGUGAGCGAUUGGUUCAGAAUAGCUAUUGGGCUACCAGUUCUCAAUAAGGACAGGCUGGUAUUUGCAAAUCAAAGCAGCCCUUCGGGCUUGCUCAGUACUAAAGAGCGCCUCUAUGAGCCACGGACAACCCCAAAACAAUCCUCCAACGCCGUGGCUCAAAAGCCAAAGUCAUCAUCUAACAUCGCGCAACCCAAAGUUGGCGGUCGUACACCACGUCCCACCAAGAGUCUGUACAUGACCAUGAUUUCUUCCACUUCUAAACAUGGGGGAAAAAGUAAUAUUUACAAUCCAUCGGCUCUCCGUCGACCAAAGGGCGCAACAGCUCCGGUUCAAAACUGCAGAGCUGCACAACCAACAUAUGGCGAUUCGAGAUCUCAUUUAAUACCCACAUCUAAGGAUGUGAGUAUCAGCAGAGACAACACCCCCAGCCGUCGUUUCUCCACACCUGACGUAUCUCAAUAUGGGGAUUGGGAGAGUUUCUGUCGGUCACAAUCUACAAAGCCCAAGCCUAGAUCAAGAUCAUUUUCUGAGGGUCCUAAUAGUUCACGAAACAGCGCCCCAGAUGCCUUCUUUCCUGCGCCUGUUAUUCACCAAUACGGACCAUCUGAGAGUCUCCCCACACCGCAACCCAAACAAAACAGUCCGGAUAUCUGGCUUGGAGUCGGAAUCGUCCCAGCUAGCAUUCAACCCCAAAAUUCUAUGCUUGAAAGUCCUUCGACUGUUACUUCUGACACAGGUCACGAUGAGGAUCCCAUGGACAUCGAUGAUGCAGUAUUCUUAAUCGUGGCAAACACUUCACUGGCUUCCAGUCAAGUCCCAACAGGAUCGAUCAAUUCCACUCCUGAUUACUAUGACGAUGGAGACGCAAUGGAUCUCGAUAUUCCAUUGCCUGAACGCCAACGAAGACCCUCUCUGACUCGCCAUCAGACUUUGUUGAAAUCAACACAUGUUGCAUCCGAGGCUGGGUCUGGAGCUGGAGCUACAUCUCGUAGCAACAGCAGACGAAGCUCUAUUUGCAAUCCCUCACCGACUGCUUCUACUGUUAUGAAUGCAAUGAAAAUCAAUCAUUCAAAGGUAGUCAGAAGCUCACGCAGAUCUCGCCGUUCAUCUUUAUCUCCUCGAGAUGUUGUGACCAAGUUGGAGGAUUUAGAUACUCGCUCAUUUUAG